UGACUCCUGACCACCCCAGUGACCCUCCAUAGGACCUAUUCUCCCUCUUGAUGGCUCUGCUGGUCUCACUUCCUGGAGGGAUUCCAGACAUGGGUUGGAUCCUGUUUCUGCUGCUGCCAGCAGCCUGCCUGCAAGCUGGGAACCCAGCAGGAUCCAACAGAGAAAGUCUGUAUGGGUUUGAUCAACCAACACACGUCUCUGGUGUCCAGGGCGGCUCAAUCGAGAUCCCCUUCUCCUUCUAUUUCCCCUGGAAAUUGGCAAAGAAUCCACAGAUGAGAAUUCUCUGGAGAUGGAAGCACUUCCAUGGGGACAUUAUCUACAACUCUUCAGCGGGUUUUAUACAUAAGCAUUUUGAGGGCCGGUUCAUCCUAAACUGGACACAGCCCCAGAAAUCCGGUGUCCUAAGAAUCCUGGACUUGAAAGAGGAGGACCAGACAAUGUACUUCUGCCGAGUUCGUCUGAAAACAACAACGCGUAUGGAGGUUUUUCAGUCGAUCAAUGGGACCCGACUCACCAUCACUCAAGAGAGACGCAGAGACCAGCAGAAUUCAACCCCUGCCCCAGGUCAUGCCAAUGACCAACAGACCCCAAAAGGACCCUUUACCUCCAAGCGUCUCUCAACUAUAGACACAAGGUCUCUGCUGGAGUUCACUCUAUUGCACAUGGGUGUCUCAGUGGCGGCAUCAGAGAACUUUUGGGAUUCGGUUCUCUCCUUCCAACUUGCUUUGAGGCAGGGUCUCCCCCUGUUGUGUGUCCUCACCAUGGAGUCCAAGAUGGCUGCCCAGACAGCCUCCCUAUGA